AUGACGGAGGGUCACAUUGAGACUACGUUUGGAGCUAUCGCGUUAGGAGGGCUGGUCUGUUUAUUCCUGUCGGGCACAGUGACUAUGCAGGUGUACUUAUAUCUCAGUGUGUACAAGAAGGACCGUCCUUACAUUAAGAGUAUCGUGUGCAUAGAUUUUGCGCACACAAUCAUGGUAUGUAUCGCAAACUGGACGUACCUCAUCAGUAACUUUGGGGACGCGAAUGCCACGGACCACAUUACCUGCUUCUUCACGCACAAGAUAUACGUUGUGAGCAAGGGCAACUACCUCCUCACUUCCUCUUUGGGAACGGUUGCCCUUUUUCGUGUCGGAUGUUCUAUUUUAGUCGCGGCUCUAGGUGUGAUCAGACUCCAGAGCUAUGCGGCGUUCGUCAAAGACUACGGCUAUGUCUUCACCAUGGGUCUGGGCUCCGCUGUCGCUAUAGAUCUCUUUAUAACGCUGGGUCUUUGCUACUAUCUGCGCCAGAGCAAGACCGGCUUUGCUAACAUGAACGAUGUCCUCGAUUCGCUGGUUUUGUAUACAGUAGAGACCGGGCUGGCGACUUGCGUUACAACAAUCAUCUCCCUCGUCUGCUGGGUUACGAUGACCCAUAACCUUAUUUUUCUUGGUUUACACUUUACGAUUAGCAAGCUAUAUGCCAACUCGCUAAUGGCAACGUUAAAUUCUCGUGCCCAGCUUCGCGCUCGCUCGCACUCCACGUCCAGCACUGAUGGUCAUGAACUCUCACUACCCGUGGUGACUCGUAACGCAAGAUCUGCGGCUCGCGGGAGUGUACGAAUUGACCCGCCAUCGACGCGCACGGUUGAAAUCAACGUGCAGACGACGGUUCACCGCGAGGUCGACAGCAAGCAGGCGACGGAAGUGGACCUCAAGGUGUACGGCAAGCGCUCAGGCCCUGAGAAAGGCAUUGAUGACCGUUCGUCUAGCGAUAUGCAGAGCGACCGGGACAAGGAAUUCCUCGGCAGCAUGUGA